GCCAAUCGGGUGUGAGCGCCUGAGCUCUGCCGAUUCUCAGCCCAUUGACUGUUGUACUGUGCAUGUUAUACUGGGAGGACCGGGCGAUCUGCACAGAAUACAGGGGAGGAGAGCCGAGUGCAGCCGCUUACGGGACACAGGUGACUUUUGGGUAAAUCACUUAAGAAAUGGCGACACGAAUACGACCUGCCAGUAAGAAGUGCACUGUGAUCGGCGGAUCUGGGUUUCUAGGACAGCACAUGGUGGAGCGGCUGUUAGAUAAAGGAUACUCCGUCAAUGUGUUUGACAUCCGCCAGGGCUUUGAGAACGAGCGAGUGCAGUUCUUCAUCGGAGAUCUGUGCAGUAAGACGGAUUUGUUACCAGCGCUUCAAGGUGUGAAUGUUGUUUUCCACUGCGCUUCACCAGCCCCUUAUAGCAACAACAAAGAGCUGUUCUACAGAGUCAACUACACGGGAACGAAGACAAUCAUUCAGGCCUGCAAAGAAGCCGGCGUUCAGAAACUGGUGUUGACCAGCAGCGCCAGUGUUGUAUUUGAAGGCACAGACAUCAAGAACGGAACCGAGGACCUUCCGUAUGCUGAAAAGCCCAUUGACUACUAUACAGAGACGAAGAUACUGCAAGAAAAGGAGGUUUUGGCAUCAAAUGACCCAGCCAAUAACUUACUGACUGUGGCGAUUCGCCCUCACGGCAUCUUUGGCCCAAGAGACCCACAGCUCAUUCCUAUAAUGGUGGAGACGGCAAAAAGUGGCAAGAUGAAAGUCAUGAUAGGAAAUGGGAAAAAUUUGGUGGAUUUCACGUAUGUGGAGAAUGUAGUACACGGCCAUAUCCUGGCAGCUGAAUAUCUACAGAAGGACUCUCCUCUUUGUGGAAAGGCAUACCACAUCACAAACGAUGAGCCCAUUCCAUUCUGGACAUUCAUUUCCCGGGUCCUGGUUGGCCUAAACUAUGAAGCCCCCAAGUACAAGAUUCCCUAUUGGUUGGCCUAUUACCUGGCAGUGUUUGUCUCUUUCCUGGUGUUCAUCCUCAGUCCAAUUGUCACCAUUAAGCCAACCUUUACACCCAUGAGAGUUGCCCUGGCUGGAACCUACCACUAUUACAGCUGUGAGAGGGCCAAGAAGGACAUGGGCUACAAGCCGGUGGUCAGUCUGGACAAAGCUAUAGAGAAAGCCGUCCAAAGCUAUCCACAUCUGAGGAGACCCAGUUAGUAGGGGGGCGGGGCUUGGAAGAUGCCUCAAUGGAUAUCCGUUAUGUAAAAUAUUUUCUACAAGUCAUUGAAGAAGUGGUGAUGCUGCCAGUAGUGACCAGGAGACAUGUAGAUCCAACAUGGAGACAUUUACUAUAGAAAACUCCUUCUAGACCUAGUUUUCUAGGUCUUUUUGUUUUUAUGGAAAUUUAAAGGGUAAACAUAUAAAAAUAAACAACGUAAGUGUUAGAAACAGCUUCCAUAACUUGGAGAGAAAAUGAAAAAAAAAUGCUAUAAAUCCAGAAAGAAGAUGUCCAGCACAUUGGGUUCAAUAAAACAGGAGAACCAUCUCAUGGAAACAGCAACUGAGAUGCAAACUCCGACGUGUUUUGGAUGCACUUAGACGCUUAGUCGUGCCAUGAGUAAGGGUCCAAGCAGAUCCGGAACAUGUCGACAUUUCAGGUGCUGUUUCCACAAGAGGAUACAUUAAAGUAUUCCUUUUUUAUAUUGCCCCCAAUGUUGAGCAUCAUCAUCUUUCUGGAUUUCACUGAACUCUUCUGGAGCUGUUGAACAAUUUGAUUGUUGGAAAAUGCUGUAAAUUGGUUACUAUAGGCAACAUCACAUUUAUUCUUCUUAAUCAGUGGGCCUCCGACUUUUAAUUUAAGGACACAUUUUUAAUGCAGUUCAUUCUUUUUUCAUUUUUUUCUGUAAUUUAACUGUAAAUGUUCAUAUUGAAUAUAACAUUCCUUAAUAUUGAAUUAUUAUUAAACAGUGUAAAACA